ACACACAAAGUCAGCAUGAAGAACAAGUAUGAGAGUUUAUUUGAGGGAACCAAAUCACAAGAGAAUAAAAUGAACAGGGUUUACACACAACUCUACAUCAUAGAGGGAGAGAGUGAAGGAGUGAAUGAAGAACAUGAGGUUUUACAGAUGGAGAAAACACUCAGGAAACAGCUGGUACAAGACACUCCAAUCUACUGUUCAUACAUCUUUAAACCUGUACAAGGUCCUGAAGGAGACAUGAAGGAAGAGAAGAUCAGACUCAGAACUGUUCUGACCAAAGGCAUUGCAGGCAUUGGGAAAACUGUCUCAGUGCAGAAGUUCAUUCUGGACUGGGCCGAGGGAAGAGCCAAUCAGGAUGUAGAUUUCAUGUUUGUGCUUCCAUUCCGUGAGCUGAACCUGGUUAAAGAUGACCAGUACAGUCUGCAUAGACUCCUGUGUGACUUCCACCCUGAGAUAAAAGAACUGGACCCAAAGAUAUAUGAUGUGUGCAAAGUUGUGUUCAUCUUUGAUGGCCUGGAUGAAAGCAGAAGUCAACUGAACUUUUCCCAGUGUAAUAAAGUAUCUGACACAAGCAUGACAUCAUCAAUGGGUGUGCUGAUGUCAAACCUCAUCAAAGGAGAGCUGCUUCCCUCUGCUCUCAUCUGGAUAACCUCCCGACCAGCAGCAGCCAAUCAAAUCCCUCCUCAAUACAUCAACCGUGUGACAGAAAUUCAGGGAUUCACGGACCCACAGAAGGAGGAGUACUUCAGGAAGAGAAUCAGUGACCAAGACCAAGCUGAGAAAAUCAUCUCACACAUAAAGACAGCAAAGAGCCUCCACAUCAUGUGUCACAUACCAGUCUUCUGUUGGAUCACAGCCACUGUGCUUCAGGAAAUACUAAAACAAACUGAUACAGAAAUCCCUAAAACUCUGACUGAGAUGUAUAUACACUUCCUGCACACUCAGAUCAACAUGAAGAAUGAGAAGUAUGAGGGGAAAAAGGAAAGAGAUCAAACUAAACAUCUGGAAUCCAGCAGGUCCAUGAUUCUGAAACUGGCUGAACUGGCUUUCAAACAGCUGAUGGAGGGAAACGUGAUGUUCUAUGAAGAGGACCUGAGAGAGUGUGGAAUUGAUGUCACUGAGGCCUCCUUGUUCUCUGGGAUCUGCACUGAGAUCUUUAGGGAGGAAUCUGUGCUGUACCAGAGGAAGAUCUACUGCUUUGUACAUCUGAGCUUUCAGGAGUUCCUGGCUGCUCUCUAUGUGUUUCACUGCUUUAUCAGCAAUAACAUGAAGGCACUGCAGGAUCCUCGGCUAUGGUCCGUUUCCAGCUCUAAGAAUGUUUCUCUCCAUGACAUGUUGAAGGCAGCAGUGUGUAAAGCCUUAGAGAGUCAGAAUGGACACCUGGACCUUUUCCUCCGUUUCUUGCUGGGAAUCUCACUGGAGUCCAAUCAGAGACUCCUACAAGGCCUACUGACACACACACACAGCAGCCCAGAGAGCAUCACAUACACAGUCCAGUACAUUAAAGACCAAAUACAAAUAGAGGACCUCCCCACUGAGAGAUCCAUCAAUCUGUUCCUCUGUCUGUCUGAAAUGAAGGACCAGUCUCUCGCCAGAGAGAUUCAGGAGUAUCUACAGUCAGAGAAGCACUCAGGACAGGAGCUCUCUGCUGAACAGUGUUCAGCACUAGCCUGCAUGCUUCUGACCUCAAAGGAGGUGCUGGAUGAGUUAGACUUGGAGAAAUACAACACAUCACAUGAGGGUUUUAGGAGGCUGAUCCCAGCUGCUGCAAACUGCAGGAAGGCUCUGUGA